AUGAGUUUCACCAAUCGUAAAAUCAAGAAGUUCGACAUCCCUGACGGCAUUCAGUCCAUUGUCGUUGAGGACGAACCUGACCAAGAGUAUUCUAACGAGGACCACGAACCCAAAUCCGAAAACCCUAUCAAGACCGAGCCUGAAGACGACCCGCGCCUGGACAAAGACAUGGACAUCAACGAAUACAUGGGUUCAGAGAAUGCCGACGAUCCCGAGACCGAUUUCGACAUGAAACAGAGGAUCUAUGAUCUGAAAGUGCAGCUUGGAGUGGCCACUCCGAUGGACGAGAUGAACAUGGUCAUGCUGCAAAACCGUGUGAAAAGACAUCAAAAGAGUCAUCCUGGUCACGACAGUGUGACCCACCAGGACGCGCACAUAAUGGAAUGGGACACCUAUGCAUCCCGCAAGAGCGAUGGAAAGACCCGUAAGCGUAUCGCUUCGGGUGAGGUUUUGGAUCGCGAGAAUGGUAUUGUGCCAUCAAGCAGCAGAUCAAGAAAGAGACACAAGUUAACGGGAUCAGGAAACAACGCAGGCCGAGUUCAUGUACCGGUCCCCGUCGAUCCUACUGGUCCCACAAGAUUCUGGAAAGAUGUCGAUCAUGUCGCAGAGAUGGCCACAGAGCAGGAGAUUGAGCAGGCAACCAGAAAGGAUCUUCUAAGUGGCCUAAUCAAGAACGCCCCUCUUGGCACUCCUGCACAAAAUGCUCAAGUUAAGCGCGACACGAAGAGACUCGAAAUCGCAAUGCAGUCGUUUUCAAGCAAGGCAGGUCAUACCAAGACCAACAGAGCCAUCAACGCCAAGACUGGCGGGUUCCUCGUCGAAGGGAUGGUUACACCGCUCAAGGCCCAUCAGGUCAUAUCUGCGGGCCGAAUGCGAGCUGUGGAGACUGGCGAUUCGGUAUGUAGAGGAGGCAUAUGUUCGGACGCGCCGGGUCUCGGCAAGACCGUGACAAGCAUCGCCAACAUUGUCAACGGAAGACCGCUGAAAGCUCAACUCAACGCAUCUUCCCGUCAUACUACGCUAGUCGUAUGCAGUCCAGGACCACUGGGCGCACAGUGGAGAUCGGAGAUCACCAAACACAGCAAGAGAGAGACAAGCCGCAACAAUUGGGGUAUCGGCAAUGUCCUAGAGUUCAGCGACGCUAUCAAGGACCCAGACGACCUUCAUCUCUACGACAUUGUGGUUUGCACCUAUCAUCAACUUCAAACCAGCUGGCCGAGUUGCAAAUUCCCUACAGGCACUUUGGAGUCAGAGAAACACUCUUACAUCUGGGAGAACCACUACAAAGACAUAGGAUACCUCCACAAAUUUGGGUUUCUCCGAGUUGUUAUCGACGAAGCCCAUCGCCUCAAGAAUCCGAAAACUCUUGUAGCGCAGGCAAGUUUCAACCUCGAUGCUACUUUCAAGUGGGCGUUGACUGGUACACCGAUGAUCAACGGGACUAAGGACUUGUACUCUCUCUUCAGGUUCAUCGGUCUUCCUAUUGCGUGUGAGAUGACAUACGCAGAAUUCAAGAAGCAAUUCUGUUGGGGAAAGAAGAACGACACGGUUGAUCAUCUUCCGAAGGAGAUGAUUGACAGCAUACAAGGCUUCACCCAGACAGACACACUGUUUAACGCCAAGCUGUUCACAAUUCCCACGCCCAAAAACUCGUCGUUCAUCGUACAACCUACGAAGAUCGAGAAGUCCCUAUACGACAUCAUCGACGAUCGUUUCGUAACCAUCAUCAAGGCGUCGAAAUCGAAGAGGUCCAACGCUGUCACUAAGAUGAAUCUCUUGAGGCAGCUGACAUCCCACCCGAUGAUCGCUGUAACGACGGCCGGUCCCUGGCUCGAGAAGGAAGACUUUGACAAGUUCGAAAAAGUUGUCAAAGAGGAGCAAAAAUCGGGCAUUGACGGAAUCAGCAUGAUUCACGCGCUUAGAGAUCUCAUGUCGCAAACACGUAAGGAGACAGAGCAGAAGCUCCUCGAUGGUAUCAAGCCGGGCGAUCUGGAAUUUCCCGACGACAUUUCCGACAGAACCGAAGGCCCUGGUGGUGUUGAACACAUCAUACAGUCAGAAAAUAUCGCCACAAACCUGGAGCCCCUAGGCACUGGCCUCGCUCACGGGAAGAACAUCGACAACUCUGCAUUCAUGAACAAUCUACAGAACGCUACACAAAAGGUCGACUCAGAGAAGUCAAAAUUAUGCUGCAAAUGCAACAACCCAGCCUCUGACCCCAGAAUUACUUUGUGUGGUCAUCUCUAUUGUCUAUCGCAUCUCAGAGACCGGAUCGAUAAAGCAAGAAGAAAGAACCGUGACCACGCAACCUGUCGUGUCGAGCAUUGUGGAAAAAAGAUCAAGCUUGAUAUCUUGACGAACCCGACCACCGAGCAACCGCUACCUUGGCUGGAUGGAGAAGGAAAACUCCUGCCUUCUGCAAAGACUCUGGCCGCCAAAAGCCAGAUCCUGGAUUGGCUGAUGCAAGACGACACGGCCAAGAUCAUCAUCUUUUGCCAAUGGAAGAAGUUUCUCGCUAUCCUGUCCACGAUGUGUGAAGAGGAAAAGUGGGGAUACACUACUCUCCACGGCAGCUUGAACAAGAAAACUCGCGACGUCAAUAUCGAGAAGUUCAAGACAGACCCUGAAACUCGUAUCCUCAUCGCAACUCUACAAACCGGAAGUGAGGGUUUGAACCUGACAUGCGCUCGAUACGUUCUGAACACAGACCCAUACUGGAAUACGGCUGGCGAAGAACAGGCUUUUUGCAGAGUUUACCGCAUGGGUCAGAAAGAAGAUACUGAAUUUGUCAACUUGACCCUUGCUGGAUCCAUCGACACGAAGAUUAACGGAAUCAAGUUCAGGAAAGACAAUGAGAUCCAAAACGUUCAUGAAUACUGCAAGAAGAUGUCGAAUGCAGACCUUCUGGAACUACUCGAGUCAUAAGCGCAUGACAAUUGAAGAAUUGCUCAAGACUUUUGAGCCUACCGAUGAUGGCGAUGAAGAUUCUACUUCGGAGUAAGUAGCUAUGGGAAAUAAUGACAUUUCGGGAAUGAUUUACUAGCAUAAUUAUCUAAGAAAACACAAAAAAAAUACUGUACCCCC